GGGAAGGCGCACAGUAACCUAUCGCCUUGCACUUCCGCCAGCAGCGACAGCGCGGAGGUAUGUCUGCGGCUCCAAGUUCCCUCGGCCCAGUGACAGGAGGUGGCGAGGCGACAUUGGCAGCCUCCAGUCCCCCGUUGCUGUCCAGAGCGCCUGAGGUAUUCUCUUCCUUGCCUUUACCCCCGCUCCCUUUCAUGUCCGGUAUACUCGGCCCAGUAGAUGAGGCGGACUCCGUGGACGGACCAGAGUAUGAAGAGGAGGAGGUGGAGAUCCCACUCAGUGCGCCACCGACCAACCAGUGGUACCAUGGAAAACUGGAUAGAACUAUUGCAGAGGAACGCCUUUAUCAAGCUAGCAGGACUGGAAGCUAUCUGAUUAGAGAAAGUGAUCGAAGGCCAGGAUCAUUUGUACUUUCCUUUCUUAGUAAAACAAAUGUUGUUACACACUUUAGGAUUAUUGCUAUGUGUGGUGACUUCUAUAUUGGUGGAAGAAGAUUUUCAUCACUCUCAGACCUUAUAGGAUACUAUAGUCAUGUAUCAUGUUUGCUGAAAGAAGAAAAGUUACUGUUUCCUGUUGCACCGCCGGAACCUGUUGAAGACAGGAGGAGAGUGCGAGCCAUUCUUCCUUACACUAAAGUGCCUGAUACAGAUGAAAUCAGUUUCUUGAAAGGAGACAUGUUUAUAGUCCAUAAUGAAUUAGAAGAUGGAUGGUUAUGGGUUACCAAUCUACGGACUAAUGAGCAGGGACUUAUUGUUGAAGACUUGGUGAAAGAAGUGGGGAGGGAAGAAGAUCCACAUGAAGGCAAAAUAUGGUUCCAUGGAAAAAUCUCCAAGCAAGAGGCUUAUAAUCUUCUUAUGACAGUUGGCGGGAUAAGCAGUUUUCUUGUGAGACCAUCAGACAACACACCUGGUGAUUAUUCACUGUAUUUCCGUACCAAUGAAAACAUACAGAGGUUUAAAAUAUGUCCAACAGCAAACAAUCAGUUCAUGAUGGGAGGUCGGUACUAUAACAGCAUUGAUGACAUUAUAGAUCAUUAUCGAAAAGAACAAAUUGUUGAAGGUUAUUACCUAAAGCAGCCUGUUCCAGUGCAGCAUCAAGAACAAGUGUUGAAUGAUUUUUUGGAUGGCAAAGAAAUCUACAAUACAAUCAAACGAAGAACAAAGGAUGCAUUUUAUAAAAAUAUAGUCAAAAAAGGAUAUCUUCUAAAGAAGAGCAAAGGAAAAAGAUGGAAAAACUUGUAUUUUAUCCUAGAGGGCAAUGAUGCUCAGCUAAUUUUUUUUGAAAGUGAAAAGCGUGCCACAAAGCCCAAAGGAUUAUUUGAUUUGAGUGUAUGUUCUGUCUAUGUAGUACACGACAGCCUGUUUGGCAGGCCAAACUGUUUUCAGAUUGUUGUUCAGCACUUUAGUGAAGAACAUUACAUAUUUUAUUUUGCUUGUGAUACUCCAGAACAAGCUGAGGACUGGAUGAGAACUCUUCAGGCCUUUUGCUGUUUACGCAAAAUAACGCAGUCUCCAUCCAAUAAGCGUCUGCGCCAGGUCAGCAGCCUUAAUUUGCAUGUUGAAGAAGCUCAUAAGCUCCCAAUGAAACAUUUUACUAGUCCUUAUUGUAAUAUCCAACUUAACAGUGUUCAGGUAGCAAAAACACAUGCCCGUGAAGGUCAAAAUCCUGUUUGGUCAGAAGAGUUUUUCUUUGAUGACCUGUCACCAGAUAUCAACAGAUUUGAGAUCAUUUUAAGCAACAAGACAAAGAAGAGUAAAGACCCUGACAUAUUGUUCAUGCGCUGUCAGCUAAGUCGUUUGCAGAAAGGACAGACGACAGAUGAAUGGUUCCAACUUAGUUCCCAUAUACCUCUAAAAGGUAUAGAGCCAGGAUCCCUGCGUGUCCGGGCACGGUACUCAAUGGAGAAAAUUAUGCCAGAGGAAGAGUACACAGAGUUUAAAGAGCUAAUUUUGCAAAAAGAAUUGCAUGUCGUCAAUGCAUUAUCACAUGUGUGUGGACAAGAUCGAACACUACUGGCCAGCAUUUUGUUACGGAUUUUUUUGCAUGAAAAAAUGGAGUCGCUACUUUUACGAACACUAAAUGACAGAGAGAUUGGUAUGGAAGAUGAGGCCACCACACUAUUUCGCGCAACAACAUUGGCAAGCACACUUAUGGAACAGUACAUGAAAGCUACCGCUACACCAUUUGUUCAUCAUGCUCUGAAAGACACAAUUCUUAAAAUUCUAGAGAGCAAGCAAUCCUGUGAGUUAAACCCCUCAAAGUUGGAAAAAAACGAAGAUGUAAAUGCUAAUUUGCAACACCUAUUGAUCCUUCUUUCCGAGCUAGUAGAGAAAAUCUUUAUGGCAGCGGAAAUACUCCCUCCGACACUGAGAUACAUCUAUGGGUGCUUACAGAAGUCUGUACAACAAAAGUGGCCUUCUAAUGCUACAAUGAGAACAAGGGUUGUAAGUGGCUUUGUUUUUCUGCGAUUAAUCUGUCCAGCUAUCCUUAAUCCAAGGAUGUUUAAUAUCAUAUCUGAUUCUCCUUCUCCAACUGCUGCAAGAACAUUGACGCUGGUCGCCAAAUCUCUGCAGAACUUAGCCAACUUGGUUGAGUUUGGAGCUAAAGAGCCGUACAUGGAAGGAGUCAACCCAUUUAUUAAGGACAACAAGCAGCGCAUGAUCAUGUUUUUAGAUGAACUUGGGAAUGUGCCUGAACUCCCAGAUACUACUGAGCAUUCUAGAACUGACCUGUCCCGCAACCUGGCAGCUUUACAUGAAAUGUGUGUCGCCCACUCUGAUGAACUUAGGACCAGUAGCAAUGAGCGAGGCGCCCAACAGCAUGUUCUAAAAAAACUUCUGGCGAUUACAGAGCUUCUUCAGCAGAAACAGAAUCAGUAUUGUGUAUCUAACAACACCAGGUAGCAGCUGGCAGCAGAUAUUCGCAUGGAUACGGCAAGCGUCGACUUGACGUCACUUCCUUCUGCUUUUUCCAAAAACGGCAUCUAUUAGCCACAUCCUAAGCGAUGUGUUGGACUGUGCUGCAACAAUCCCUCUGCUGGUGAGUACCUGGCGGCAGAUUGUUAAGCUAUCGGUGCAACCCACUUGCACUUUUCACACUUUGAACUGACGACCACCGACUCUGAGCCUUCAUCUGCGAGUCGUCUUUCACGUAGCCAAAUGCGAGAAGAUGACCGAUAGCACAUUUCCUUGUAUUAUGCCAAAGUGAGUACAUCCAAAACCUGUCGGGAUCAGUCAUUUCUAACUGGAUUACAAGCUAUUUUUAUACCAUUCUUUCUAACUGGUUUCUUUUAUGACUGUUCAGCCACCAUGGUUUAUAAAUUUACUGUUAAAACUGACAAAGAACAAAUGCUCUUUUUUUUUUUAUACCUUGUUUGUUAUGUCUUUUCUGGGAUCAUAUUAAGUUCAUGGAAAGCAAAGUUUAUUAUGUUUGUGCCACUUUGUUAUGGUAACAUUUCUCCAACAAAAACACCUAACAAGGAAACAAAAAAAAUGUAAAAGCUUUUUGUAAAAUGUUUACACCAGUAAAUAAUUUGAUUUAAAAUAAAUUUAUUAAUGAAUGUU